UGGCUGAUGAUGACUCAACAUUGAAGAAAUUUAUCAGGAUAAACACUGAAGAAUUGAAACCAGACCCGAGCAGUGCAUUUGACAUCUCCGAUACAAAUGAAAAUGAAGACAAUUUGGAAGUAAAAAGUCCUGAUAAAGACACUGAGGUAAUUGACAGCAGAGAUGUAAAGAGGGAAAGGAAUGAUGAGGUGUCCAGUUCUCCAGUUGAAGGCAAAGACGAACAGAAAGAAGAGAAUAUCGAAAUGUCCAGGUCACUAACUGAAGGCAAAGAAGAAAAUAAAGAAGAGAAUCUGGAAAAGUCUAUGUCCCCGAGUGAAGGCGAAGAAGAAGAGAAUACAGUAGAAAUAAUGGCCAGUGUUCUCUCCUCAAAGGCACAAGCAAUGGUAAAGGAUGAAAUUUUUGAAAAAAUCCUGUAUGAAAAAGAAAAGUUACCAACAGUAAGCAUGCUGGACUUUGCUGGUCAGUUAGCGUAUUAUGCUUGCCAUCAAAUUUACGUAACACCAAAAGCCUUCUUCAUCCUUGUGUUGGACAUGACUAAAAGGUUUGAAGAUGUCAGUAAAGACAAAGAUAAUCAGGAAGGAUCAAUUUUCUCUGUGUGGACUUACAAAGACUACCUAAAGUUCUGGAUAACUUCAAUCAAGACAUUUGGAGGCACUACGGCACCAAUUUUUCUCGUUGUCACACACACAGAAAGAAAAUCUACUGGCGAAAUAGACAAGUAUUUUGAGGAGUUCUGGGAGGCCGUACCAGCUGAGGACAGGAAUUGGUUAAAAGAAUCUCUUAAAGACCGCAUAUAUACAGUGGGUCUAGUUAAACUUAAUGAUAGCACGAAAAAAAAUCUGGAGUCAAUGACAAAGAGCCUGGAAGGUUUUGCCCCUGAGUGA